UGUCCUCACCAAAGAAUUGGUUCAUCAAGGUAUGUCUGCACUGAAGCAUUUAUCGGUUGAUGUUGUGGACACUAUGGUUACCUUUUUGGCAGACACAGAAUAUGGUGAUCUCUCUAAGUAUGGAAUUUAUCGCCCCAAAAAGGGACCAUUCUAUCUUAAGGGUGUUAUUGGAAGGUCUCCGGUUAUCGAUGUCGGAACCAUUGCAAAGAUUAAGGAUGGGGCAAUUAAGGUAAUUCCUUCUCAUAUAACGGGAAUUGAGAACAAGAAAGUCAUCUUUGGAAACAAUAAAGUAAAAGAGUUUGAUGCGAUCGUGUUUGCUACUGGCUAUAGAAGCAUAGUUAAUACGUGGCUUAAGGAUUACAAAUAUGUUCUAAACGAUGAGGGGAUGCCAAAAAAUGAAUUUCCAAAUCACUGGAAAGGUGACUAUGGAUUGUAUUGUACAGGAUUGUCAAAAAGAGGCUUAUUUGGAGUUAAAAUGGAUGCUGAAGUUAUUGUCAAUGAUAUCAAUCAAACUCUUAAGUUACAUUAGAAAGUAUCUUUCCUACGAGUCUCUUGCAUAUAAUUUCCAUAAAUGGGAUUAUAAUAUAUUAGUUAUGAUGAAUAUAUUUUUAAUUUCAUGUAUUAUAUUACUACAUGAAAACUAAAGGGCUAUGGUAUUUAAAUUCAUCAUAUAAUC